AACUGCCUUUAAAUCGUCACCCAAGCAAAGAGCAGAUUACCUACAUUAUAUAAGCUUCAGCGUAAAGCUAAAGUGCAGCCGCAUGCUCCACAGGCUUUUGCAAAUUCAUCUAAAAGCCACGACCUCUCAGUAGUCCAGUUCAAUCACUCAAUCCAUCAGUCAAAUAAUUCCAGGUUAUUCAUAUAGCACUCUAUAGAUUGUAGAUUGCUUUACACAAUAAAAACAAAAAAACAACAGCAAAAUAAGACGGUAAUAGACAAUUGAAGUGUGAAAGAGGACAAACCAGAUUAUGAAAUUUUAAUACAUUUGUUAUUCCUGCUUUUAAUAUUUAUGACAGUUUAAAAUUGGAACUGGUGGUUUCUUCUGAACGUUUCUAUAAUUACAGUGGAUUUAACAGAUAUUUUCAUACUGGUACAAAUGUGGAAUUCUUAACAGACUGCUGCCAUAAGCUAAAGCUACUGUAAUUUAUGCACUCUGUGAAAAAGUUGAAGGUUAAGCCUUGACCUUUCAUCAAAUUAGCCAUGUCCGUCAGUGGUUUCAGUUUCUGCAGAUCUGCAGAUGAUAAGGUCAGACAAUGCUCCUUGACUUGAGUGAAUUCCUAUUGCAUUUGCAGAGAUUUUAGUGAGUUAACUUCAUAUUUAGUAGGUUAACCCUUCUGACAUAAAUUGUAGUAUCUUACAGAUUAUUUUUUGAAAUACUUCCAUUUUUAAAGCAUUCAAGGCAGACAGGCCAGCGUAAACACCAGUCUGCCUUGAAUAAAAUGGAGAAUGGAAAAUAUGUUGCUUUUUUAAAAGUACAUUUUAUCCAUGGGAAAGAGAAAAGGGUUUGACCUGAAUGCUGAGCCAGUGGAUUGGGUUUUCUGUGAGCUGGAAGUCAAACUGUAAGAUCUGUAAGGACCCACAGUGGAAUUCACAAAGUGUUGGACUCAUUUGGACUACUGUGAAGGCCGUUGCAGUGAGCACAAAGUUCUAUUCAUCGUCCAGAUAUUUGAGACACUUGGCAAAUCAAAAGCUACACCUUUGAUUUCUUUAGAGUUUAAAUGUCUUAAUUAAAAGAAUGCCAAAGUCUCUACAGUGACUUCUGAAGUAAUUACAACUUUGACUGAUUUUUACAGCCGCACAGAAACGGCUCAUUGUACUCUUGCCUGUGGUAGCUUUUAUUUCUUCUUUUUGUGUGUGUGUGUGUGUGUGUGUGUGUACCCCCCAUGCCCAGCUUGCUCAUGUUUCAUUCAUUUAAGUUCACUUGUACGCACACACAGCGCAGAAUCCCACUGGACGUAUCUGGUUUCAUCAAAAAACAGAGUUCAUUGUUCACGGUGAUGACAUUGAACACUGAAGCGAAACAAUACUGCUGUUGUCAUGCCUCAGUCCUGGAUUAUCUCCCACUUAUCAGGUGCAUUUUAUUAAGGAAGCAGCAGAAGUGGGCUGUUCAGGUCCGUUCAGGUGGGACGGGCUACUCUGCCACUCUGGAUCUCUUACCCUGAAACACAGACCUGAACACUAGAAUCACUGCAUUUGGAGGCAGAAGAUGGUUAUUCUAACAACUAAAAUGAUGCAAAGGACUGCACUGUUUGUGACGGUUGGAGGCUUGGUCACGUCUCUGAUCACCACCUUCCUUCCUUUUUGGAAGACAAUGAACUCUGAUCUGAAUGAGGUGGAGAACUGGUUCUCUGGACUGUGGCACACCUGCCUCUACACAGAGGAGGUGGGGAUCCAGUGUAAGGCCUACGACUCCAUCCUGGGACUGCCGAUGGACCUGCAGAUCUCCAGGGUGCUCAUGUCAGUGUCUGUUGGUACUGGAGGUUUAGCUGUGUUGGCUGCCUUCCCGGGUCUGGACGGGGUUGAGGUGUGCGUGGGGCAGCCUGGUGUGAAGAGAGGCCUCCUGAUCUUCAGCGGGGUGCUGUCCUGGGUAUCGGGGGUCACCACUCUGAUUCCUGUCUCUGUCGUGGCCUACACGACUCUGGUGGAGUUCUGGGACGAGGGGUUUCCAGAUGUGAUGCCUCGGUGGGAGUAUGGGGAGGCAAUGUUCUCCGGAUGGUUCGGAGGUUUGGCCCUGCUCAUUGGAGGAACCCUUUUCUUUGUUGCUGUGUGCAUGGGGGACUUCGACCGGCGGCCACCCAGUGUACCAAACAGCCCACAGGUGAAGCACAGGACACAGCACUACCUGAAGACAGAAGUUUUAUAGCUUAAAAUAUGUAAUAGCUGCACAUUCAUGUACUUCAUAUGGAAGCCUAUCAGCUUGUACACUUGAGAACUUUUCUGACAAGAAACAUAGAAAUGGAAAUAUGACAAUUAUAUGUGCGUUUUGUCCAUUUCUUGCUGCCUUUAUUACUGAAAGUCAAACAUUCCUGUCUCUACUCAGCAAAAAGUGGUGCAACUGUAAUGAGGCUGGAAACGUUUUAUUAAAGUAAUGUGAG